CAGUCAGGAUACCGCUUCCACCCAAAAUAACAUUUAGCUUCUUUUUUAUUUAUUAUUUUUUWAAUUUUACCUCAUGCAAAGAUGCCGUCUAAAGCUGACAACAAAGUUUACCUACAGCCAAAGAUUGAGAAGAUACAGGAGAAGAGAGUUAAAUCAGUUACACUUUAUAGUYAUAAAAAGGGUAAAAACUCUGCUCUGUGGAUCAAGGCGAACAUCAAGAAGAAGGAAUGUGUGUUUUUUCAGAGGGAUGCCAGAGACGAUACGUGUAAGUGUGGCUACUUGAAGACUGAGCACACAGAUGAAGCCAUCAAGCCAGAUGACUUCACUGGGGAGACGUGGGACAGACACAGACAUGUCCAUGAAGUGCCCACCGAUGCUUUUGGAGACAUUAACUUUGGCGGUUUGGGACAAAAGCUUAGCAAAUAUGCUCGAGUGUCCACAGACACCAGCCCCGAAGACCUGUACCGCUUACUGACCGUACAGUGGAAACUUUCACCCCCCAACCUGCUCAUCUCAGUGUCCGGAGGAGCCAAAAACUUUCACCUGAAGACUCGACUGAAGAGUGUUUUCCACAGAGGACUUAUUAAAAUGGCCCAGACUACAGGUGCGUGGAUCAUCACAGGUGGUACCAACACAGGCGUGAUGAAGCAUGUGGGGCAGGCUGUGAGGGAUCACGCCCUGAGCAGCUCCGUGCAGGAAAACAAGAUAGUGGCCAUCGGAGUGGCAACAUGGGGAAUAAUUCACAACAGGAAGGCUUUAGAGAAUAAAGACGGCUGUUUCCCUGCUCAGUAUGUGAUGGACACCAAGGGUCAGGGCCGGCUGUCCUGCCUCGACAGCAAUCACACCCACUUCCUGCUGGUUGAUGAUGGGACACACGGACGCUAUGGAGUGGAGAUCGAAUUGCGCACUCGUUUAGAGAAAUACAUCUCCGGGAAGCAUCUUGGAGACAAAGACAGCAGGGUCAACAUCCCAGUGGUUUGUGUCGUUCUGGAUGGAGGACCAGGCACCCUGAAUACCAUCUACAACGCCAUGCUGAACGGAACCCCGUGCGUGGUGUUUGAGGGCUCCGGGCGGAUAGCGGAUGUCAUUUCCUGCGUGUCAGAACUUCCUGUUAGCUUGGUCACCCUCAGCCUCAUCCGCCAGCUGAUGAAAAAGAGUUUUGGUCAGGAGUGCGAGCGYUUCUCUGACCUUGACAUCAUUGAGUGGACUAAAAAGAUCCAAGACAUUAUCCGAAUGUCUGAUCUGCUGACAGUUUUCAGAGUAAAUGAAGGCAGUUAUGAGGAUGUGGACAUGGCCAUCCUUCAGGCCCUUCUUAAAGCUUCACGAAGAAGUGAGUCCAGAGGAACCGAGUCCUGGAAGAGGCAGCUGGAGCUGGCUAUCGCCUGGAACCGAGUGGACAUCGCCAAGGCUGAGAUUUUCACUGAGGAAAGCCAGUGGAAGUCCAGCGACCUCCACUGGGCCAUGUUCUCAGCCUUGGUUGGCAACAAGCCUCAGUUUGUGAGUCUGCUGCUGGAGAACGGCGUGAGCCUGAGGGAUUUCCUGCAGGACGAAGAAACUCUGCGGCUGCUCUACAACCACAUGCCCAGCUGCUUCUUCCUGUGCAAGCUGGCCAAGCGGGUCAAGAGCGCUUGUCGCAACAAGACGAAGGGCUUCGGCCGGAGGGCUCGCGGAAGCACAACGAAAGGUGAAAUGAUCUGCUUGUCUCAYGUGUCUGACGAGGUGCACCACCUGCUGGGAAGAUUCACCAAACCCAUCUACCCUCCCUCCACCAUGACGUACCACCUCGACAUGUCCAUAACAGACACGUCAGUGUCAAAUAAAGAUCAGACAGAGGACAUCUCUAAAACUCAGAGGGAUGCAGGAAGAGACCUUUUCCUUUGGGCUAUUGUCCAGAACAACAAGGAGCUGGCUGAAAUUGCCUGGGAGCAGUGCAGAGACUGCAUGUCUGCCGCUCUGGCUGCCAGUAAGAUUCUGAAGAAACUGGCCAAAAAAGAAACGGAUGCAGAAGAGGCACAGGACAUGCUGGAGCUCGCCAAUCAUUAUGAAAACCACGCCAUAGGUGUGUUCAUCGAGUGCCACGACAGUGAUGAGGAGCGAGCUCAGAAGUUGCUGGUUCGARUCUCACAGUUUUGGGGUAAAACGACGUGCCUGAGGCUGGCGCUGGAGGCUGAUGAUAAAAACUUUGUGGCUCUCUCAGGUGUUCAGGCUCUGCUGACUCAGAUCUGGUGUGGUGAGCUUUCAGUGGACAACCGUGUGUGGAGAGUGCUGAUCAGCAUGGUCUUCUUCCCUCUCAUCUACACUGGAUUCCUGGUUUUCAGACGUGAUGAACUCAUCCAGAGACAAAAUGAAAAGUGUGAGGAGAUGAUAACACUGGAGACGGUGACGGGAAGUUCAUUUUGGGCAAAUCACCUCAAGUCCAUGCCRCAGGUCAAGUCUCUGGACUGCUGGUCCAAAGUGGUGAGCCUGUACAGCUCUCCGCAGGUCAAGUUUUACUGGAACAUCGCGUCUUACUUCGCCUUCCUCUUCCUGUUUGCUGUGGUGCUCUUGGUCGACUUCCAGAGCUCACCCUCCUUUAAGGAGCUGCUGCUCUACAUCUGGCUGCUGUCCCUGGUGUGUGAGGAGAUCAGGCAGCUUUUUUAUGACCCUGAUGGGUUUGGAUUUUAUAAGAAAGCCAAAAAGUACAUCAAUGAGUUUUGGAACAUUUUAGACGUCCUAUCCAUCCUCCUCUUUUCUGUAGGCCUUGCCUUCAGGCUGGUACCUGAGCUGUUGUACGCAGGUAAAACCCUCCUCUGCAUUGACUUUGUGGUCUUCUGCCUCCGGCUCAUGGCCAUCUUCACAAUCAGUCGAACGCUUGGACCUAAAAUCAUCAUAUUGAGAAAGAUGAUGAUGGAUUUGUUCUUCUUCUUGUUUCUGAUGAGUAUCUGGGUGGUGGCGUAUGGAGUCGCCAAACAGGGCAUUCUCAUUGACAAUGACGACCGGCUGGACUGGAUYGUCCGGGGGGCCAUUUACGAGCCGUACCUCAUCAUAUUUGGAAAUUUCCCUAAAAACAUGGAUUAUACUGAGUUUGACAUAAACUCGUGCAACAUAAGUGGGACGGAUCCUCUGAAGCCCAAAUGUCCCAUGUUGAACGAGAGCGACACACCAGCCUUCCCCGAGUGGCUCACCAUCAUCAUGCUUUGUGUUUACUUACUCUUUGCCAACAUACUUCUGCUCAACCUGCUCAUAGCCAUCUUCAACUUCACGUUCCAGGAGGUCCAGGAAAACACCGACAAAAUCUGGAAGUUUCAAAGAUACGAGUUGAUUAAGGAGUAUCACAGUCGUCCGGCUGCCCCGCCUCCUUUCAUGAUUCUCAGUCACGUCUGCCAUUUCAUCAGGAGCGUCGUCCUGCGGAGGCCUCCCACCAGACAGAUAAACUUCAAGCGUGAGCUUCUUCAGACGGAGGAAGAGGAGCUGUUGACCUGGGAGGCCCUGAUGAAGGACAGAUACCUGCUGUCUGCUCAGCAGGAGCUGAGCCAGAGCGUGGAGGGACGCAUCCUGGACACAGCCCAAAAGUCAGCUUCAGCUCCUACAACCCGAAAUAUUAUGACUCUGAAAACAACACCAGAAACAGAUCAACAGAAAUCCUAAGUGGUUACAGAAAUCCACAGGGUAGGACGGGCAUCGUGGGACGAGGUUGUCUCAGCCGCCUCGGUCCAAACCCAAACUUAGACCUUGUUCUAACACGGUGGCAAGACAGUGAGAGGUUAGUGUUGGAGUAUCUGGCAGUCAAGGAUGAGCAUCAAGGAUGUUGGACUCUUCCUGGGGGACCCAUUGACGCUGAUGAUCACCUGCCUGUGGCUCUUAGGAGAACCCUGGGAAAUAAGUUGUAUCAAGCACUAAAUGCAAAAUUUGCAGAAGGAACGAAGGUGUCUGAAGGUUACGUGGACGACUGCAGGAACACCGAUAACGCCUGGGUGGAAACCACCGUCCUAAACAUUCACCUGGACGGAUCGAGUCAGGAGAUGGUGGACAUCAACAACAUGGUCAAGAGUCGCCACAGCUCUCUCCUGUGGCAGGAGGUGAGCAGUCAAGUCAGACUCGACUCAAACCAAAGACACUCGCUGCAGCAGGUGGCAGCGCGGCACAACAGAAACUUCUGAUGCUCUUCGUGCCUCCCAGUUCAGCUCGGCUUUGAUUUUCCAAAACAGCAGUUUGCAACCUGAAAGCCUUCACCAAGAAGACAAUCAGUGGAUGACCUGCCUGCCAGUGUGGCCUCUCGCUGCAUUUUGUUGCACUAUUAAUUAUUAACGCCGUUUCCCUUCGUUCAGUAGCACCGCAACUUGCUUCGACACAUUUUAGUUGGUUUUCAGUACGUGUUGCCUCUAUGUGAGGCUGUUUGAUAACUUCACCUUUAAAAUAUCCACAUUCAAAACGAGCUUAAUGGGUAAAUAAGUGAAAUAAAGUCACAAACGACUCACCGCACUCUCUUGUUUCCAAGAAUGCUGAAUCGAGGCCUUCCCUUCGCCUGCCAGCCUGUGAGUCUCUGACCAAUCAGUGGUCUGACGUUAAAUCUUCAGCUCCAUCAGCUCCCACCCAUCGGCCGAGCUGGAAGACCCUGAGCCUGUGUUGAGUCGAGCAGUGUAGGACCCCCAUGAAUAAAGGCCAUAACUAUUGUUGAAAAGCUGAAAAUGAGCAGGACUGUUUGCAGUAAAUGCUAUACUAUUUUCCCCAAUAGCUGUACAUUCACUAGUGUACCGUAGUUUAACUACUUUACUCCUAAGUAACCUAAAACGUACAGUUUGAUAUUAUCGGAGCAGCUGUAAAAUAAAACAUUCUUGUAGUUAAGGAUGUAUUGUCCAAAAACUUGGUAAAUAAUGUGUUUAUAAAACACAUGAAAGCUAUGAUGCAGCUCAGUCUUUACUUUUUUUAUUAUUAUUAUUUUCAGGAUGGCUAACGUUUGAGUCACUCGUUUAGACUUUUUUAUAUUCUCUGCAACAGUGUAUUUUUUAUUUUUAUUUUGCUGUGUUUUUAUCAAAGUAAAGCCUUAAACCACUCA